ACAAGAAGUCCAGGGAUGACGUCAGGUAUGAGAAAAAGGGUGGGUCCUUGAGUAACCUGGAAAGCAUCCUAGGCAUGCUUUAUGUGGCAUGCACACACAUACACGUGUGUGCACGUGAACAUGAACAUAUUCAAGGACCCAGGCUGAGUACUACUGGAGAGCAGUUUGGUGUUAACUUAUUUGCUUCUGUGCUGAGCAAUACAUCCUCUGGUGAAGGUCGUCAUACUUUCUGUACUGAAAAUAGAGACCUGGUACCCAAAACAUGGGUUCCAUGGGAUUUCCAGAGUUCAACUUCCAGCAGCACCACCGGCAGAGUGGGCAGCAGUGCUGUCAGUGAUACAGUUGGGCAUAGCACUAGUGCACCAAAUCUGGGGCCUGAACUAAUAAGUAUGUUCAGCACAUCAGGAAUUCAUAGGUUGUUGCAGCAUAUAACUGAAAAUUCAGAUUGUGCAGAAUGUGUCUGCACCCUGCAUGAGAAACAUAAUAUAGUCACUAAGGCAGAACUUAGGCUUUGCCAUAACACCUAUUAUUCAUCCUCAAAGAGCCAAUGAGACAACAGCUCCCAACUUUCCUCUAACAAAUGCAGAAUCCUAGGACAAACCCUAGAGCAAUGCCAGGUUUGUGGAUCCAGUCAGGUUUUACAGAUGUUGGCAGUGGGAACGCCCAGCCUUAUUCCUGGGUUUACUCCCGGUCGGGGGGGAUUAGGCAACACUGGAGGCUCUCCAGGAGCUACGUGAAUAGCUCUGCAGAAAAGUGAGAACACACGUCCCAUGGCAGGAACCAAAGACACUGGACACCAACAGUUUAUUUAACAAACGUUGCAGACUGUUACUGGAGCAAAUCCUCAGCUACAGAAACCAGAAGUCACCUUCAGAAACAGUGGGGAUAGCGCAGUGCAAUGUUUUUGAAACUUGAAGCAAAACUGCAAGUGUUAAUGGCAAUGCAAUGUGAUUUCUGUGUGACUAUUGAAAGGCUUAUUAGGCUCCCAGUCAUCAUCGCAGAACUUCUGCCAUUUUAAAAAAUGUAAUUUUCAGGUGGAACGCAGGAAAUACAAAAAGCAAACCAAAACUGGGGGUGGGGGGGCAGCUGGGGAGAAACAACAAAAAUCCUCUGCAUGAAAGUCCACAACAGCUUUAUUUAUAAAUUAGAAACAACUUAAUAUCUUUCAACUGGUGAAUGGUUAAAUAAAUUCUCAUACACAAUGCAAUGCAAUCCUACUCAGCAAUAAAAAGGGAGGCCAUUGAUACAUGCAACUACCUAGAUGGGUAAUGCUUAGUGAAAAAAGCCAGUCUCAAAAUGUUGCAUUUUGUAUUAUUCCAUGUAUAUAACAUUCUCAAAAUGGCAAUUCUAGAGAUGGAUAACAGAUUAGUGAUUGCCCCAGGACAGGGGAGAAGUGAGUGGAUGUGAAUACAAAAGUGUUACAUUAAAGAGUUCGUUGGUGAUGAUGGAACAGUUUUGUGUCAGCGUUUAGAUGGUAGUGACACAUAAAAUUGCACAGGGCUACACACACACACACACACAUACACACACACACACACACACAAAUGAGUGCAUGGAAAAAUUGGUGAGAGCUGAGUAAGGCCUGUAGGCUAGUUAAAAGUACUUUGCCGAUGUCAAUUACCUGGCUUUGAUAUUAUAAGAUAAUAAGAUUUCACCAUUAGGGGAAACUGCGUUCGAGGAACUCUAGGUACUAUUGGAGCAACUUUUGUGAAUUUAGUUAUUUCAAAAUAACAAUGUAAAAAAAGCUGUGAUCUUUCUUUAGCAGUUGCUACUGUGUAUUGCUUUGGAUUCCAAGGCUUGUUUAACAAAUUUUGGUGUGUUUUGGUUUGUUUUUGCAUAAAUAGCAGUGUUUUCCUUUCUUCUGGCUGUUCUAGUGAUGACGUGUCCAUUGAACAGCAGUUUGGUUCGUUUAUGUUGGUGUGUGAUUUUUUAGCUCUUGCUGUCACUACCUCAAAAGUAAAUUGAGUUUUCAAAUUUGAUAUUUGUAAUCUCAAAUUUACUGAUGGGGUAAUUGAUUGAGCUACUGCUCAGCUCUUAGGACGGUGUGCUUGGUAUAUCAUAGUGUGAAGUAAAAAUAAUCUCUUAUUUUGAACAUUCUAUUUAUUCCAAGGACAUCAUUUAAAUCAUAGUGCUCGACAAUUUUUUUUAAAUAAUAUAAUAAUCUAGGAAAUAUCACAUUUUUACUUCUGGCACUUGCAUAAAAUCUUUUUGCCUAACAUUGGCGUUUAUGAUAGCUUUGCAUGAAUUCCAUGCACCAACCACAGUAAAGGACAAUCACCCCUCCACCCUCUGUCCUCUAUAUAAGAACAGGGUAUUAUUAGCCCCUGACAAUUUACAUUCUUUUCCUCUGCAAUCCUUCAUUGUUCAAAUUUAUAUGCUUAAUCUGUAUAAGUGAAAGCACACUGUACAAACUGGUGUUAUAUUAGAAAUGCUUUGAAAUCUUUCCAUGUGCCUUAGGCCUGUCUGUAUUAUAAAUACUUUGUUUUUAAGAACAAAGUCCAGGGCUAUAGAAAUUUAUUGUUCACGAACUAGAUGCUAUUUUGUUUACAAUAACUCCAUUAUCAAUAGUAUUGAUCCUAUUUUAUGGAUAAGGCCACUGAGUCUCAGAUAGAUUAAUAAACAUGCCCAAUAAUAGUUUGACAGCAGCUUGCUUAUGGAUUCCAAACCCAAAGCCUGGCGUGGUUGCUUGUCAAUGUAUUUAUAAAUUACUUUGUUUCGGGAAUUUGGGCUUAAAGGCCAGUGGCAAAGAUCCAAGAAUAUAUGGAAUGGAUAAAUCUUUAAACACAUACAAACAUACUUAAACGAGGCAAUUCCCUUUGUGUAUACGUUUGAUGCUUCUGUUUAAAGAUUCUUAUUUUCUGAAUACCAGUAAAACGCCCUAGCCCUUGUUCAUUUCAGGUCUUAGAAGCAAGGGGCGGGGACCCAGUACGGUUUCCCGCCUUUCUGGUCUUGCAGUUUCCACAAAGGUCCGCACAAUCGCUACAUAAGGGGCUGCAGGUUGCUAGCGUUAGACUCGGUUGUCGUGCUUAGUUUUUCUCAGUUAUGUCUGGACGGGGCAAGGGCGGGAAAGGCCUGGGCAAAGGGGGCGCUAAGCGUCACCGCAAGGUUCUGCGUGAUAACAUCCAGGGCAUCACCAAGCCUGCUAUCCGCCGUCUGGCCCGGCGUGGCGGUGUGAAGCGCAUUUCCGGCCUCAUCUACGAGGAGACUCGCGGGGUGCUGAAGGUGUUCCUGGAAAACGUAAUCCGCGACGCUGUCACCUACACCGAGCACGCCAAGCGCAAGACUGUUACUGCCAUGGACGUAGUCUAUGCGCUCAAGCGCCAAGGACGCACUCUCUAUGGCUUCGGCGGCUAAAAUUGACUUUUGUAAGGUUUUUCUCUUUUUUUAUAGCAAAGGUAAAGGCCCUUUUCAGGGCCACCUACCUUUUCUAUGAAAGAGCUCACACUGGCCAUUUCGUGGUCUGUAGGGUAGUUUGGUACAGAUGGGAGAAGUGAAGCACUAAAACGUUGCUUAGACAUAGUUCGGUCUUCAGUCCCUAAGGUGUUUUCACAAUGCUGGAGGUGUUACUAUCGCAGUUCCUGAUGUAUAGAUUAACUGAGGACCAACAGGUGGCUAGUGGCUAAAUGUGGCCACGCAGCUGGUAAGUAAAGGGUCAUGGGUUCUUUGAGUAGAAAUAAAUAUUUGGGGUGUCCACAGACACUAGAGUACAGCUCUUACAUGGCUUAUAUACUAAAUUAAAUUAUGAAAAUGUGACAAGACAAAGGAGUUUGGGCUAGGAUAGUUAAUGGUAGAAAAGGAACUAGGAAGAUAAAGGCUAGUUUAACAAUGCAGAGUUCUCUCUGUUUUAAGCUUCCUAUCUGGUGAUAAUGCUAUUUUCUUCCUGGUACAGGGAGGGAAUCUUCCAUAUGGGAGUUUGAUUUCCUGUUUUCAGAAGGAAAAUAGGUCAGAGUGCUCUUUUGCACCUGUUUUUCAAGUGCCUUUAGCUCAAAAUAACUCAAGCCAAAGUGGCAUAUUUUAGGGUGGCAUAUUCUGCCACACUUCACCUCCAAGCACACUACCAGGCAACUUUCCCAGAGGUCACAGAGCAGAAAGGGUCACAGACCAAAUUAAAAUGCUUAGAAAUUUUAAUCAAUUUAAACCAUGUUGCAAAAAGCAUGGGGAAAUAGAUGGACAGCAGAGCAUAGUUAGGAUAAGACAAACAAGUGGAAGGUCCUCGCUAGAUGAAUCCUGUUAUUUACACAAUGUUCAUAUAAUCUCCUUUGCUCUCUGCCACAUCAGCCUUCCUUCCUGAUGAUGGGCCUCUGAGGACCAGAGUUAAGUUGAACAAGAGGACUGAGCAGGUGGAAGGUAGCUGGGCCAAUCACACACAGUUGCUCUAUUAAACAGAUCUAGGGGUAUAUUUGCUUGGUCUAUAGUUGUCACUCACCAGUGGGUUUUAUCUGCAUCCUAUGGGCAGAGGUCAAGUGGGUGGCUGACUUAAGAUAUUAAGUAUGAGAUGCCUCAUAGAUGCUGAGAAUUUUACGUGCCUCGUGAAUGUGUGGUGCCCACUUGGUCCUUCAAUCCCAUCCUCUCUGUGUUAAGCACACGUUUAUCUCUAGUCUCUGAGUCUAACGUAUACUUAGAUGUAACUUAACGUAUACUCAGUCCUUCGCAGAACUGAGCACUCUUCAAUAACAUAGUGAAUCCCCCUUACACCUGCCUCCUCUCCCCUCACUCUUCCCUGCUCUUUCCUCAGCCAAAUACCUGCUACUCCUUCUGGGCCCGGCUGUCAUAUUGAAACGGAGCAGGACAGUAUGGUCUAUGCCCCCAUGUUCUCAGCCUGACUUUUGUCUGUGUAAAGGCUUUAGCCAAAGAAUAAGUUUAAUCAGAGAAGUGAGAAAAUACAGAAACAAAGGAAAACUGUCAAA